GAUUUUGGAUUACAAGGGAGAGCUAUAAUUACAAACAGGUGUCGCUAUCAGACGAACGGGGGUAGAAGCACGCAGGGUAGAAGCUCUCGGGGUAGGAGCACUCAGGGUAGAACCACUCGGGGCAGAAACACCCAGGGUAGAAGUGGAAAAAGGGCAACUCCGUACUAUGACCUGCAUGACACGAAAGAGGAAGGGAUGUAUCGCUUAAUAAAUUUUGAGAAAUUAAAAAAGAGAGCUUCAAGGAAGUUAAACUUUAUGAGUAUAGUUGAUAUGACGAAGGGGGGUGGCGACUCGUCUAACUCGUCAGGGUGUCCUUCAGCACGAUCGUCAUCUCGUUCGACAGUACGUUCUGGAGAGGGUGCUCCCUCAGGGGACGAAACAUCAGACAGCACGGCCAACUCGGAGGAAGAUAUUCUAAACCGCACGGGUGUGAGUUAUGGGGCGUCCAGCGAAUCAACUGAAGAAAGCAAAAAGGAGAGUGCAGCUCUGAAUGAUGAGAGAAACAACAACAGGACCAUCGACGUAUACAGUUACUACUACCUGGGUAGCCACGGGGAAAAGUCGGUUCUGCAUAAGGAUGUAGAAAAAAUGGAGGACGGUGGAAAUGUCAUUGGGGGUGAAAAUUUAUAUGACCGUUUGUUUGUCUCGGGGGAGGAGAAGCGAAAUUGGAAUAGGAAUCUGCUGAAUGGAGGGGAAGUCCCUUCGGGCGGGAUGCAUAGAACCAUGAGUAGGGAGAAUCCAGAAGUGCACAGGGGAGCGUCCGUAAAAAUGGAGCAGCCUGGAAAAACGAAGCAGCCGCGAAAAACGAAGCAACCGCGUAACAAAAUAGAGAGACGAAAUAACGCCAUGCUGCAAAUUAAUUUAAGACUGUACAGAAAUUUUAAAAAUGUAAAUGUAGAAGUAUCACGACAGAAUAACCUCAAAGGAUUGAACUUCAAAGAAAUGGUGGUUAAUUUUAUUCGACUCGUAAAUAAGAAUAUACUGGAGAUGAGUGAACGGGGAGAAAUGGACCUAUCACACGAAGGGAACCACUGUAGAGGGGGGUUCCAAGACACCAGCGAUGUAGAAGAGUGGUGUGUUCCCAGGGGCGACGUCACGAAAGGGGGAGAAGCACAAGCAGAGGCACAAACGGAAGCACAUACAGAAACACAUACAGAAACACAAACAGAAACACAAACAGAGCUAUCUUUGCAACACGCAGAGAGACAACAUGACCCCCAGUUGGAGAUCGCUAACUGUGUGUGCAUUUUUUGUUCAGAAAAAAAAAAAAUUCUCACAAACGAAGAAAUGUAUAUAUGCGUAUUUAAAUAUAUGGACGAAAGAAAAAAAGAAGACACUGUCAUCAAGCCGUUUUUCAUGCACAGCUAUGUGUUCACUGCGUUCAUCAAUUAUUUCAUGCACUACGGGAGGGUUGCACGCGUGCACAGGGGGGGCAAACCAAGCGGUGAGAAACCAAGCGGUGAAAAACGAAGCGGUGAAAAGCGAAGCGGAGGAAAUCUUCAGCUGUACAAAUUUGACAAAAAGGUGACACAAAAAUAUGGCAUCAAGCGGGUAAUCCUUUUUGUGGCCAAAAGAGUGACACUGACAAGUGUGGGUAUCCACAUGGAAGGGUCGAGCUUGUUGCAGGGAGAGGAACAGGAACAGGAACAAGGAGAGGAAAAAACGGUUGUUGUUAUUAAUUUUUUUAAGUGGAGAAUGAUGAGAAGACGUUACGAAGAGAUUGUAAAAUUAAAGAGACGGAAAAAGGAAAAGGAAAAUGUGAGCAUUUUAAAAACUUUUUUUUUUGUUGUUAAUGCGAUCGAUGAGUAUUGCACGCUGUGUAACAUCCGAGUGGAUCACUCCAAUGGAAAAAAAAACGUUCACGAAAGAAAAAGAAGACACUUAAGUCAGCCAUUUUGCAAAAGGGAGGAUAAUACCCAUCAGAAUGGGUGCACCUUCUUUGGCUCUUCUUAUUUUUCCCAUAAUGAGGUGAGGGUCAGCCAAAUUGAGGACGAGCUAAACCGCAACUUGGCCAAUUCGCGUCUGCAGUUGGCUCUCGUCGAUUCUUUACGCGUCUCUGCGGGGCGCACGCUCUACCUCUUCCCCGCGCAUAUGCUCGUGCUCAUCUGA